UAGGCUACGUCAUGUCUUUGAACCACAGUACAAGUCCCGCCCGUAAUGUCUCCUGGUAGCCGUUCGCUGGUUGGUUACCUGUCAGGACAUUGACUGUGUGCUGAGCGCGCCAUCUCCUAGCAUGUUGCAGCGCGGGAAAUUUCAUUCACACGGAACCGAACGUGACUGAUUACCGUAUUAUUUCGUGUAUGCGCGCAGUUCCCGGUUAUCGCUUCUUGCAGCGACAAGAACUCAUAGGAUCAUCGCUGCUCUCCGCAGUUGGGGGGCCGCUGUUACAGUCCCAGCAGCAAUUUAGGAAUUUCAUUUCCCCUGGAUUAUCCGUGGUGUCACCAUGCCAGUGUCACUGGAGAGCAUUGCCAACGGGCUGAACGUCUUUGGUGUUACAAUUGAUGGCGAAGACGUUCCAGAGAAGUUAAUUGAGCUCUGUGCUAUUCAUCGACUCAAUGAAGAAGAGAUAGUUGAUGAAUGGAUGGCCUUCAGUACUACUCGGAGUUUAUCUCUCACGGUUGUCAAUCUCACUCUUCUAGAGCAUGAGAUUCUCAAUAAGAAAAUCAGACGCCAGAAUGUGAAGAAAGAAAAACAUUGUGGCAAUAGAGACUUUAACAGCAUUCAAGAACUUAUAGAAGUAGAGACUGAAGAGGAGAACCUUCUUGAUUCAUAUACCACACCGGCAAAGGGUUCACAGAAACGCAUUUUGUCCACACCGGAGAAUCCUCAGUCCAAACGCGUUCCAUCCAUAAACCGAAGCCCCCAUCUUCUCUUCUCACCCGCUAGCUUCUCACCCAGUGCCACCCCAUCACAAAAGUACAGUUCCCGUGGGAACCGAGGGGAAGUGGUAACAUCUUAUGGAGAGGUGCAGGGAACAUCGUGGAGUGGUGGAAGUGGAAAAAACACGAUAGUCGAAGUCCUCGUCCCACAGGAGGAGUCGCUGACUAAAUCAUACAAGUACAUGUUUCAGAAGUUGAUGGACAUCCGAGAUGUUGUCAGCAGUAAAAUAGAAGAGAUUGGAGAAGCCCUGAAGAAUAAUUUCCAUAUUGAAGAAUUUACGUCCGUUUCUUUUCCAGCACAAGAGACUGUGACCGUGCUUGGGCAGAUUGGCUGCGAUAGCAAUGGGAGGCUGAAUGCCAAAUCUGUGAUCCUGGAAGGGGACCGGGAGCACUCAUCAGGGAUGCAUGUCCCAGUGGAUUUGUCAGAGCUGAAGGAAUAUUCAUUAUUUCCUGGACAGGUUGUGGUCAUGGAAGGGACCAACAGCACUGGAAGAAAAUUUGUGGCUUCAAAGCUUUAUGAGGGCGUUCCACUUCCUUUUUACAAGCCAAACCUGGAUCUGGAAGAUUAUCCGCAACAGAUGAUAAUGGCGGCCUGUGGCCCAUUCACCACGUCGGACACUAUUACUUAUGAUGCCCUAAAGGAUCUGGUGGACGUUAUUAAUAGAGACCGUCCAGAUGUCUGCAUCCUGCUUGGUCCCUUUUUGGAUGCAAAACAUGAGCAGAUUGAGAGACUGCAGCUGACUGUAACGUUUGAAGAGGUGUUUAAGUCAUGUCUGAAAAUGAUCAUUGAAGGAACACGUCCAUCUGGAUCCCAUCUGGUCUUCGUUCCCUCUGUCAGAGAUGUUCACCAUGAUCCGGUCUAUCCUCAGCCUCCUUUCAACUGCUAUGAGGCAGCCAAAGAAGAUAAGACGCGAGUGCACUUCAUUGCAGAUCCCUGCACCUUAUCUGUCAAUGGUGUAGCCGUGGGAUUCACGUCCACAGACCUUCUCUUCCAUAUGGGUGCAGAGGAAAUCAGCAGUGGUACCGCUGGUGCUUCUGACCGGUUCAGCCGAAUCCUCAAACACAUCCUGACUCAGCGCAGUUACUAUCCGUUGUAUCCGCCAAGUGAGGAGAUAAAUAUUGAUUAUGAUGCCCUCUAUAACUAUGCAAUGAUGCCAGUUACACCAGAUGUCUUUAUUGUACCCUCAGAACUUCGCUUUUUCAUCAAGGACGUCUCUGGCUGUGUCUGCGUUAAUCCUGGCCGGCUAACAAAGGGAAUGGUUGGAGGAACAUAUGCUCGUAUUCUGGUCCAGAAGAAAAUCCCAGAGACCGAAAAAAGAAAGUCUCCGUGCAUCUCUGCUCAAGUAGUUAAGAUUUAACAAUAAAAAAAAAAAUACCUAUCUGCAGGCGGAGAAAAACUCAUUGAAGUUGCAUAAAGUGGACAAUGAUGGAGGAAAGAUACAAUAAUGAAGAUAGUCCAACAAGACGCUUUACAAGUAGUCAUUCUUUUAUAGACUGUGUUACAUUGAGACACAGAAGAGAGAGAAGCGGAUUUAUUGCUAUGAGAAACUUCUCUUUAUCUCUCUAAAGUCUGAUACAUCUCCUCCACAGUCUGCUUCCCUCUCUCACUGCUAUUGGCUCCUCUUCUGGAAUAUGUAUUUCUGGUGAGGGAGAAUGCUUUCCCACCAGCACACCAGGUUAUCCCUCCUGUGGGUUAGUAAGGACACUAUAUUAUAUGUGCUGAUUAAUGUCAGGAGGGAGCUGCUGCUUAUGCCUUUGUACACAAAGCUAGGAAUACACUGUAAGCAAGCAAUAUGUACAUGCACUGAGAACUGGUCUCUGUUCUUAUGGUUUUUUUAAAUAAAGCAUAAACGAAAAAAAUAA